AUGUUUGGAGAUGAAGUGAAAAAUUCGGAUUACGCCGAUACGAUAUUGCAACUUGACUGGCCGAAGAUGCUCAUAAACUCCGCCGUCGAAAGCCGUGAAAGUUUAAAAGGGCUUUUUAUACUGAUUCCAAACUCGGAUCUUAAUGUCUAUUCGAGAUUCUUUAAAACAGCUCAGUACAAUUCUUUGCAAUAUUUAAUAAUCACGAAAAAAUUUCACGAUGUUGUCAAUAACUUCGAGCUGAUGUGGAGUUUUAGAUUACUCGACGUGGCUGCUCUUUACGUGUCUGAAACAGGACUGUACGUACUGACAUUUUUCCCAUUUAAUUCAAACGGGUGUUCUGACACUUUUCCGAUAAGAAUCAAUACUUGGAAUAAAUGGAUAAAAGGAUUUGCAAUAGAGAAAAACAUAUUUUCAAGAAAGCGAAAACUGUACAAUUUGCAUGGGUGUUCUAUAAAGGUGUCUCUUCAAGAUAGGUCGCUCAGCGAAUUGUACCAGCAGUCGAUUAACGGAGUUUCCAUUAAGCUCUUUCAGACGAUAAAGAAAUUUAUGAAUUUUUCAACUCUUAUUGUGGAAAUGGACAGGGAAGCGAAUGCAUAUGCAGCCGCUUACUUUAACUUUUCGACAGCGGUCAUACAGAGCGUUUUAAAAGGCCAGUCGGACAUAGGAGUCGGGAUAUUUUCUCAGCUUUUGGACUACGAUCCAAACAUUUUGUCUCCAGUGCAGCUAAACGUCGACUGUUUUACGUGGGCCGUGCCGGUCAAAGCAGGUGCCAUGCCGAGCAUAUGGACGAUGUACGCUUUCGAAUUCGACUACUAUACGUGGUGUGCACUGAUCGUUAACCAUGUCAUCGUAUGGGCGUUUUUUCAUGUCGUGUUUUAUCUUUACAAAUCGCAAGAGGAUCGUUUCACUUCAAAAUUCAGCUCUUUGUAUUUAUUUGCAAUUUAUUUGAACGUAUCGGUCGAUCCAAAGCCGACGUCGAACGCGCUGAGAAUGUUCUACAUCAACUGGCUGUUUUUCUGUUUUGUAAUGACGUCCGCGUAUCAGGCGUCGAUGGGCAGCUUUGUGACAGUACCUCCGGACAGUACCAACAUCGGUUCGGUGGCGGAACUUUUAAAAACCAACCUCACGCUCACCGGUGACCCGAAGAUGUACCAUGUCUUAAGUGCUUCCAGUGAGACGAGCGAUGCCAUCAAGGAAGUGUUGAAACGUUUUGAAAUGCUACUUCCAGGUGAUUUCAACGACGUUGUGUACAGAUUGAUCAAGGAAAGGAAUUUCGCCGUCUUCUACACCAAGGAAAAAUUGGAACUGGCCGAAGAACACGUCAUGUUGCACAAGAAUGUCUCCAAGGGUCUACACAUAAUCCCAGGUUGCACGAUAACUUCCCACAAUUCAGCGAUAAUAAUGAAAAAAGAUUCACUUUACAACGAACCUUUUAGGUAUGUAAUGACCUCUCUUUUAGAAAGUGGAAUUGUUAACCAUUGGGAAAAAUCAAGCAUGAUGAGGGAGUAUGAACUGUCAAAAGGGAAAGAAAUGGUAUCCCGAAAAUUUUCUUUACUUCACGCUAAAUGUGCUUUUAUUAUUUUUGCCACAGGCAUUCUCUUUGCCACAACCACCUUCAUAGCUGAAUUUCUUACUAAAGGAAUCAAACACCAGUCAAAAUUGAAACAUAAAAAUCAAAAUUAG